UCGCGGUGGUCACCUCAGUCCAGGUAGGGAGGAGAACAGGUGUGGUGCCCUUGUCCCGUAGGUGCCCUGUAGAAAAGACCCACGACCGAGGCACAGAGGAACCACACAGAGCAGCCCCGUACGGAGGAGACAUGACAGGAGCUGCCUGCUACAGUUUCACUCAGCCACAACCUUAGAGAAUCACCAAAUAUAUACAGUACUCACCAACACCAGAUUGAUUUCCUUUGGGCUUGAAAGCAAAGUACUGGGGAAAGUGUGAGAGUCCGGAACAUUCUGCUGUAAUCUGACCACAGACCCACACCACACACAAGGUCAUCAUGAAUAUUUCCCUGGAGAACCCGUACGGCAGCGUGACCAUUCCACGCGCCCAUCUGCGCGCCAGCGACGAAAACAGCACGGUCAUCAUCAACCCCAUGGCCCUGGAGCACAACAACGGCGCCAACCCUUACGACGGCGCGCCCGUCUACGGCACAGAGGUCAAGAAUGGCACCCAGAACCCGCCGCCCUACGGAGGGGAUGCCAGCUACACCGUCAAGGAGGACGAGGAGCAGGUAGGCCGCUGCAAUGCUUGCUGCUACCGCUGCCGACGGAAGUGAGAUGCCAACGGCACCAUUAGGGGCCUCAAGCCCUUUGGGACACUACAGAAGACCUGCGGGAGGGGGGAGCUUGGACAGUGCCACCGUCAUCUCCAGGAAGAGAAGGCCAAGAGUUUAAGAGACAUCCCCAAAGGCAGGAUCCUAACAAAGACUAGCCUACUUAUUUUUUGGACUCCAGUGAGAAUAUGAUGAGUAUGUUAUCGCCAAUGUCUCAAAGCCAUGUUCCUGUUGUCCUUUUCAGUUGCCAUUAUAACAGUACUUCUGUAAUGUACUUGGGUAGGGUAUUUAUUUAUUAUCUUCAAAGUGCCUUGUAGAAUUACCUUUGUUGCCACACUCGAGCCAAGACCCUGAUCAUUUUUGCAUUGGUAAAAGUGUUUAUUUAUUAGGGUGUGGCUGGAGAACUGCGGUACUUUACACCUUAAUGGACAAAUACACGUCUUGGACUGUUGAGUCCAGCCUUUGAUCAUUGCCAUAGGUACAUAACAUGUUGUCACAGUUCCUGUAUUAUUGUUAGAACGCAAAAGAAAGAGAGUACAGUGUUCUCUGGUUUCAACGAAAGUCUCUUUUCCAAAAAAGUGCACAUGGACUUUUCACAACACUUUUGGGGUUAAGGCCGAAGAAUGAAGGAAUUCGGCCUCCUCGUGGUUUCUGGGUGUCUUGUCAGAUGAGUUCCUCUCGUUAACCACACCCCAACCAUUGAAACCGUCCCAUCCGCCCACUUCAGAGAUGCAUUCACCUGUCCUUAAAAGGAUGACAAGCUUCCUUAAAAGGACUUGGACUUGCACUCUGCACAAGGACAAUAAAGUUGAAUCUAAUCUAAUCUAAAAGAGCUGAGCUGCUCCAUCAGUGAAAUCUAAGACUGUUCACAUACCUGGAAUAAAAUUCAAAACGAGGGGCCAAAGUGAUUGGAGAUGCGUACUGUCAAGGCCAUUCACAGCAGCUCGAGCGAUUGUUCAUCACAAUAUCAAUUGUUAUAAUAAAAAUGAUAUUUGUUACACACUA